AUGACAUCAAACAAGUAUUGGGUAAACGGCCCUCGCAAAUUAAUCGAUCUUGUAAUUCAUAAUCCCAAGAUAACAAAGAAUAAUAGUUAUGGGAAAACUUAUCACAUUGCCAUGACAGCCUCAGACGAUCCUUACAGCAAAUGGCAGAGCCGUAUAAUGCCUUGGGCCUUCGUUCAGUGGCUGAAGUUGUCCAAAAUUGAAGAAGAUUAUAUAUUGAUGGCUGAACCCGACCACAUAUUUCUAAAGCCGCUGCCUAAUUUGGCCUAUGAAGACUAUCCUGCCAGAUACCCGUUUUUCUACAUCAAGCCUGACCAGCAUGCAAAUCUCAUUCGGAAGUUCUAUCCGGAGGAGAUGGGCCCGCUAACAAACAUUGAUCCUAUUGGAAAUUCUCCAGUUAUAAUUAAAAAGCAUUUGCCUCGUCAGCAUGACCAAUGCACCUCCUCCUUGCAUGAAGACAAACAGCAUGCAGCAGCUCGUGAGGAUUUUAGUACAGAAGGUACAAAGGCCAGCUGCAAUGGUAUAACGGCUCUCUCACUCCAGUCUCCAUCCAUGCAGCCACGUGGACGGCUCAGAUUAACCACAGCUAAUGAAGAGAAGAAGGAUCCAGAUCCUUAG